UGUGUAUAUGAAAUGCGCAGUACUUUGCAAGUUGUAGCUGGUAUAUGAGUAUGUAGGUACUCACCCAGAUCAUUUGUUGAAGAAUCGUCCUCAGACAAACAUCAUGGCUGGCCUUGUCCAUAUCAUUGUUGGUAUGUUGAUAUUAUGCUUCCACAAUGCGAGAAGUGUACCAGCCGUCAGCACGGACCAAUCCUCGAUGACAAUAGAGCAGCGAGUUACAGCGCUGGAAAGAACAAUUCAGGGACUUCAGUGUCAAAAUCAACAAUUAGUGGAUUGCGUGAUGAACAUAUCGUCGGACUAUAUCGAAACUGUCAAGUGCGCCAAGAGCAUCAUCAUAGCAGGCCUCUCUUUCGGGAGAGCUGUGAUGUUCUACGCCCAGCUGUCCCAUACGUUAUCCAACGUAGCCGUAGAACAGGGUGUUGUGUUUGACACCGUUGUGACAAAUGUUGGGGAUUGUUACAGCGGUCACACGGGUGCCUUUACCUGCUGCAAGUCUGGCACAUAUUUCUUCUCCUGGACAAUUGACACAUCAGCAGCACAGCGCGUCAAUACAGAACUGAUGAUGAAUAGUUCAUCCAUAGCUACAAACCGUGCAGGUGACCAAAACUAUCACGCCACCGGAAGUAUGUCGGCUGUGAUUCAUUUGCAUAUCGGUGAUGAAGUAUGGAUCAGAGUCAAGUAUCGUCAUCCAGCUACCUCAUAUAUCCGCGGUGAAAAAACGUCAUCUUUUACCGGCUUUCUUAUACAUUGAUCACGCUCCAUGACGGCUGGUUAGUUUCGGAUAUCUUGAUAAUAGAAUAGCAUACCCAUCAUAAAAAUGAAUACUAAAAUAUCUCUGAGGUACUAACAAACGUUGUUAUCCUGUAAUACAAUAUGAAAAUGCAUUGUAUAUAGUUUGAUUCUUAUAAAUAAGUGUGCAUAUUACACUGUGCUUAUCAUACGAGACAACGAUAGGUGGGUUUGUGUAUUUGAUAUUUAAAACGUAUGGCUAAACCUGGAUUAGAAAUAGCAUUGAAGAGACAAAAGAUGCCACAUAUUUAUUAAUGAAUUCAUUAAAUAAAGAAACACACUGAGCUUUGA